AUGCUCGCGCUCUCCGCUCAUCUCACUGGACUUUUUCUCGAGGAUACAAGACUUAAGAUACUUUCCCCAAAAGCUGACAGUGUGUCCCGGUCCUUGGUAUCUCACAGAGUAAAGACUCAUCGCCGCUGUCAUCGCUUGUUGCCGUACAGACUCAGUGGCGGGGUGAGUCACGGUCUCUUCAACCUGACGGGCCCCGGACCAGUAUGCAGGUAGAGUGAUCAGCUUCCUGAUACACAGACAGACAGAGAGACAUGUAAAGUUAUGAAGGACGGCCUGCAGGUCCCUCCUCCCUUGACUCCUUGGGAACGCAACACCCUCCUCAGGAUGGAGGACUCUAGUUUGUGCCUUGGUGUAUCCUCGGUGGUCUCGGAUGCUGACACCCAUCUCAGCAAUGCAGUACUUAAUGGCCGCUACCCAAUCAGUCAGAAACUUCAUCAGCUGACUGCUCAGCUGGGUCAUGCCUUUCCUGAAUUACAGAGUCGCCAACAGAUCCCAGAGGAAAAGGCAGCCACCCCGAUGGAUGAGAAAACCCACGCUGCCUUAGCUAGUCAGCCAAUCAGCAGUCAGAUGGCCUUACUGGCCAACCAGCUUAACCGUGACAUGGAUGUGGGUGCCCUGAGCGGUCUCAAUGGCCGUGUUGAUUUGCAGCAAUUUCUCAAUGGGCAGAACUUGGGAAUCAUGUCCCAGAUGAACGACAUAGAAGAUGAUGCCCGCAAGAACCGCAAAUACCCCUGUCCGCUAUGUGGCAAGCGCUUCCGUUUCAACAGCAUCCUGUCUCUUCAUAUGCGUACACACACUGGAGAGAAGCCCUUCAAAUGUCCCUAUUGUGACCACAGAGCUGCUCAAAAGGGUAACUUGAAGAUCCACCUCCGCACCCAUAAGCUGGGAAAUCUUGGUAAGGGCCGUGGUCGCGUACGUGAGGAAAACCGGCUGCUUCAUGAACUUGAAGAGAGGGCCAUUCUACGUGAUAAGCAAAUGAGGAACAGCUUGCUGCAACCCUCUCAACCUCUUCCACCCCACUUGGGUAUACAGGGUCACAACCAGCAACAGCCUAGCUCUGCCUGUGGCCUGCUCACUCCAACCAGUAUUGGUGGCUCGCCUGAUGGACUGAGCCAGCCGUCUGCCUCACCUAAGCCUGCAGGUACCAACCUGCAAGAUGAGCAAGCCCUCAACCCAGCCCAAGGAUUUCGGUGCACUUUUUGUAAGGGUAAAUUUAAGAAGCGUGAGGAGCUAGAGCGCCACAUUCGCAUUCUCCACAAGCCCUACAAGUGUACCCUGUGUGAAUUUGCUGCUUCCCAGGAGGAGGACCUCAUCUCCCAUGUGGAGAAAACCCACAUCACAGCUGAAUCAGCCCUGGGACAAGGCACAGGAGCUGGCAAUGGAGAGAAGCCCAACAAUGAAUUUCGUUGUGAGGUUUGUGGCCAGGUUUUCAGUCAAGCUUGGUUUCUGAAAGGCCACAUGCGGAAACACAAAGACUCCUUCGAGCAUUGCUGCCAGAUCUGUGGACGCCGUUUCAAGGAGCCCUGGUUCCUUAAGAAUCACAUGAAGGUGCAUCUCAACAAGCUGGCUAUCAAGAGCAAGCCCCGUGUUGGUGGAGGAGCUGGUGAAGAUGGACCCUCUGUGAACAGCAUGAGCAGCCUGGCUCAAGAAGCCCAUGCCAACCUGUAUUCACGUUACAUUUCUUGUCUACGAAGUGGCUUCCUCACACCCGACAAGCAAGGCCUGGCUGAACAGCAGCACCAGAUGCUGGCCAAGGCCGGUAUAGCUAUGAAGGAGAAGGAGAUGCUUGGAAAGCUCCUGAGCCCAAUGGCCAGCAUGGGCCAUGGCUUAGGGGAAAAUGAAAAGCGCUCACUCUUGGGUUGCCUGAACCUGGUGCCCCCUCUGAAGUCAAGCUGUAUGGAGCGCUUGCAAGCCGCAGCUAAGGUGGCAGAGAUGGACCCCCUGAACAGCUAUCAAGCCUGGCAAAUCAUGGCACGUGGAAUGGCUAUGGAACGCUCCUUCAUGCCAAAAGAGCAGCACCAUGAGGGGCAUGGACAAGAAGAUGAACUUGCCAGUGCAGCUGGGAUUGUUCACUUUGGGAAAGACAAGCUUGAUCACCCAACCUUAGGCUCUAGUGAUGGUUCCAAGCAGAAGCAACACCCUGAUGUCCUUCAUGGAGUGAAGACAAGUGGAGGCAUGAUGCCCAUGAAAGAUGAGGGUGUAAGCUUUGAUGGCCACCGUGAUUUCUUGCCUCACCAUGGGGGUCUCGGCCUGGGCCAAGGGCUUGAGUACAGCCUGGCUGGCCUGAAAGAGAAAGCGACUGAAUGUCCCGACUGCGGCAGAGUUUUUAGAACCUAUCACCAGAUGGUGGUCCACUCCCGGGUACACAACAAGGACCGUCGAACCCUAGAGGACAGCUCCCAGCAUGGUUUGGAUGAAAGGCGUGGCUCAGCUAGCGACCCUGAAUCUCAGUCCAUCAGCCGAUCCACCACCCCAGGCUCCUCCAAUGUGACGGAAGAAAGCGGUGCUGGAGGCGGACACUCCCAAACGGGCAGUGUGCAGGAUGACAGUCCCCGCCCUUCUUCUCCAUCUUCAGAUGUUGGGGAAGAGAUGGCGAAACCUGUGAGUGCUGUCCAGCCCCCCACUACUCAGCACCGGGAACGGAGUGUGGCUUCAACCUUGAAGGACUGCCCCUACUGUGGCAAAUCUUUCCGCACAUCCCACCAUCUGAAGGUCCAUCUACGAAUACAUACAGGUGAAAAGCCCUACAGGUGCCCUCAUUGUGACUAUGCAGGCACUCAAUCAGCUUCUCUGAAGUACCACCUGGAGCGCCACCACCGUGAGCGACAGAAUGUAAGUGGCCCCUCAGCCAACCACCCUCCAUCUUCUGAAAACAAGGAUGACCACACCAAGAACAGCAGUAGCAGUGGGGUCUUUGCUCGCCCCGAUGUCCUUCGCGGGGUCUUCAAAGGGGUGAUGCCCUCUGGUCUUGACUUCAGAGGGGGUCAAAUGCUCCCACACCAGUGGGUACCACCAGGAAUGCUCUCACCCAGAGACAGAGACCGUGAAAGGGAACGUGAUCGCCACGGACCAGGGUCAGAGCCCACCUCAGAGAGCAUGAAGAGUCCUGAGGGGCCAGCCUCUGCAGGGGACAGUCCUGCCAGCUUCUCCGACCUGGGCCGAGCUUACCAGAGUAUGGUGGGAAACGGCGUCAACUUCCAGGGCUCCCUGCAGGCUUUCAUGGACAGCUUUGUCCUCAACUCCAUGAAGAAAGAAAAAAGGAUGAGAGAGAGUCAGCUGCAUGGCCAGCACUUUAGCCAGGAGAGUGCCGAGACCAAGACCAAAAGAGCCAGUGAGGCAAACCAGGAAGAGAAUCCCACCAGUGUCGUCAAGCCAGCUGAGGGUGGCCGCUCCCAGUAUGAGCCUCUGGAUUUGUCCGUUAGACCUGAAGCAGGGUCUCUCCCUGGAGCCUCCAUCACCAUCCAGGACAAUGUUGCUUGGCAUGGCUGCCUCUUCUGCUCCUUCACAACUGCCUCUGUGGAGCUGAUGGCCCUCCACCUGCAAGCCAACCAUCUGGUUAAAGGCAAGUGUGGCCCAGGAAAAGAUGCUAAGGAGCACCUCCUCGGAGAGCCUUCCCAUGCAGGAAAAGCUACUGGCUUGGCUCCACCACCACCAGGCCUUCUUCAUCACCAUGAGGGAGCCCCGUCCAGGGACAGAGAGACUGAGUCUGGGGAGCUGAAGGGACAAGCAGGCUGGUCCAACCAUCUGGAGCAGCCCCCGCAUGGAGCCUCCAUGGGCACGUUCUCCAGUGACUUCUACAAGCCCUUUGGUCCUGUGUAUAAUGGCUCUGGUAGAGGGCCUGUGGGAUUCCUGGACCAGCAGCAAAUUCAGCCCAGUGAUAUGGGUGGUCAGGGCCCCCUGGACGACCUAUCCGACAAGGCGUCCUGCAGCGAAAUAGAGGCAUCUGAAGAACAUGGCGGCCAGUCUGAAGAAGAUGAAGUAAGUCGUGACAAAUCAUUGCCUAACCUCGCUGCUACAGAGAGGCAUAUGCGUUCUGAUGAUGAAGAGGAGGCAGAGGAAGAAGAAGAGAUGGAGAUGGGUGACACUGAGGAGGAGGACCGUGGAUCCAUGCAAAUGCUUCCUGAAUCUCCAUUGUCAGGGAAGGACAUCCAAAGAUGCAAGCUGACUAUGGGCCCCCAAAGCGCUGGCCUUUCUCCUCCUCAGCCUCCCACCCCUGAGAAGCAGUGGCAGCAGCAGCAGACAGGCCUUGGUCUUCUCUCCCCAAGCGGUGGUCCUCCUGGCCUGGUAAAGCCUGGUCAAGCCCACCUGGAGCAUCAGAUGAACAUGCUAUCUGUCCUGCGGGCCUACAGUUCAGAGAACCUCGCAGCCUUCAACGGAGGCCUUGGCGGCAGCUCCAAUGGAGGAGGCAGUGGCACCAGCAGCAUGAAAAGAAAUGACCCCUCUGGAAAAAACCCAGAGCUCCCGCUGCUCCGAGCGACAUCUCUCCCCUCGCCGCCGUCUCUUCCUUCCUCUCCUCCUCUUGUCGUCUUAUGGCAGGAGUCACAGUUCAUCUGUGGGCGGAGGAAGAGGCGUCCCGACGGUUUGACCCUGCUCUUACCCCUGAACAUAGCCUAACUGACACAGAGAUGCAGGACUAAUCAGAAACUAACAUCACCUCCCCCUACUGGACUGAGCGGCCAAGAGCAGGCGGCGGAAAAAGAGGAAGAGGACUGUGACUAUGAAGGACAUUAUCUUAUCAAAAGCAUUAUUUAACGUAAAAGACUUCAAGAGAGAGAAAAAAAAAGACUAAUAAAAUGGACAGCUCAGAUGGUUUCCUGCACGAGCGUUCUCGCUGGAUGAAGGAAAGAAGAUUUGUUGAUGUUUAGUGAGCUGGAAACAAGGAAAAAAAAAGAUUUUUUGCUUCCUGUGUUUUAUGUGUCUUGAAACCUCCCUUGUGUAGCUGAUAAAUACUUUCUGUGUUUUUAAUAGCUUUUUUGACUUUGACCUAGUGAGGAAACUUUGAAGUGCUUGUCCCUCAGAGCAACACAUUCCUUGAACCAAGAUGGCAGCCAGUUGCCAGUCUCAGAAUGAGAGAGUGAGAAACUGAACAGACUUCCCUCCCUCUCUCCUUCUCUCUCUCUCUCUCUCUCUCUCUCUCUCUCUGCCGGUGUUUCUCACUGCCCACUGAAACUUCACCAGUGUUAUCUGUCUGAGGCUCCCUUUCCUCUGGACGUUUGGACCAACCCACUACACGUUUGGAGACCAAGCACACUCUUGUGAAAAAACUCCUUUGUAAUCAGCACACUCUCAGCAGUCAGUGCCUGGACGUCAAAGCAGAAGAACGACAAUCCAGUACUUUCAGGAAACGAGAACGCUGCGUUUGAAAA